AUGAUGGAAUGCAAGAUGGUUGUGCCAUCACAGGACAUUGUCACAUUUGCCCGUUUAAAGAGACUAUAUCCGACGUUUACCGUCGCGUCUGCGGUCUCCGGGUGCGCUGCUAUAGUCAUGCUGCUCGACAAGUCGCCGGCCAUUCCGUCAAUUUUACAUAGUUUAUCAACGUGCCUGAUCGUCAGCUCGGCGGUCACUGCAGCAUUCACCGCGACGACUGCAAUUAUGCUUUCGCUUACGUUCCAAGAGAACCACAAGCCUACCCGGAUGUGCUUAGCACUAGUUUGGACACCGGUCUUUUUUUUCGACUGUAUGAUAAUACAACUAGUACUGGGACUUGCGCUUUGGUUUGUAGCCGGACAUUCUUGGCAGUACUCCAUUGUUCUUGGUCUCUUAUCCGGAUUCUCAUUCUCGGCAACACUGGUUAUAGCAGUAUUGAUACGGAAAAAUAUAAAGGAGACUCAUGAAAACUUGAUUGACGAGAUAGUUCCUGAGAAAUGA